AUGAGCUGGAUGGACUCCUGGUCCCGGCCAGGCAAAUCCCAAGCCACGCCCGCACCCUUCUACCUUCUCCCCAACGGCGACCAAACACCCUACUGCCGCACCUGCGGCCGUGUCAUCUCCAGCCGCAAGACCACAACAUCAACCACAUCCUCCAGGUCAAACAACUCCAACAAGGACAAAUCCUCCGAGGCACACAAACCAACCGCCGAAGCAAAAUAUUGUUCCUCUCGCUGCCGCGCAAAGAAACCAAGCCGUCUAGACAAGGAAAUCGAACAAGUCUUCGUCCGCUUCCUCCAAGGCGAGGAAGAAAUCCAAAGCGAUGCAAAAGCAAAAACAAAGCCCAAAAAGACAAAGGGCGACACACGCAUCCUCGUCCCCUGCGACGUCGUAGAAGAAACCUUCUUCGGCGAAAGAAAAGCCCCAAACCAAAUCUACGGCCGCGGCAAAAACCGCGCCUCGCGUGUAAUCACCGCUAAACCAUCCUCCUCUGACAACGACGACGACGACGAGGGCAUCUCCCUCCGCGACCGCCGAUCCUACGACGAAGACGCGGGCGAGGAUAUCAUCGAUGAAAUGCUAGGCCUAGACCGGAGCAAAUCCACGGAGCUGGAUCCCAGCGUGCAGGCAAGGCUCUCGGUGCGCAGCGGGACGAGGGUGAGGCCGCCGCAGGCGCAGAGCCAGGUGAAUGGGAGCGUUGGCGGGGAGAAGGGACGGGCGGAGAGGAUUGAGGAGACGGAGGAGAUGAGGGAGAAGAGGGCGGAGGGGCAGAGGAAGGCGCAUGAGAGGGAAAUGGUGCGGUGUGCUGCCAGGAGGGGCGUUGUGUUUGGGUUUCUUGUGGGUGAUGGCGAGGAGAGGAGGAAGUGUGAGGCUGUGAGGCAAGGCAAGGUGGUUGAGCCUAGUUUUGCAAAGGGGGAUUGGUCUAUUCGGUGGCGGGAGGAUUGA